AUGGCCGUCGGCGAUGGACGCAUGGACGCGCUCGUGCUCAAGCUGCGCCACCCCCUGCCCAAGAUCCGCUCCCGUGCGCUGCGCAGUCUAUUGUUCAAGCUGCGGGAGCGUCUAGUGUGCUGGCACGAGCUGGAGCCGCUGCAGACGGCGCUCGUCCCGAGUCUCCUAACGUGCCUCGAGCCGCCGCUGGAGCUCGACGCUCUGCACGUGCUGCAACUGCUGAUGGCGCAAAGCCAAUCCGACGUGCUUUUGUCGAGUUUGCAUCACUGUGGGGCGGCACAGACGCUCCAACGAGCCGCUCAUGCGACUCCCGAGCUACGGGCGACGUACGAGCAGUUAUUGCGACAGAUUUAUGCUUCUCCAGUGGUGUCGAAAGACGACAAGAAAGCGGUGUGCAGUCGAUCGGACGAGGAAAACGAGCACAUUGCUGCUUCGUUGAGAGCAUCGAAGACGAAGAACGCGCUGUCUGAGGUACGCAGCGCUCUGAAAGUGGACAAACUGGAGGCACGGGGAUGGAGGUUUGCGCAGGUGACGCUGCUGUCAGUUGAUGAGCAGUAUCUGUUUGAGUUUGAGGUGAAGCUUCAGCUCAAGACAAAAGUACAAGACAUUGUGGUGGCGUGUGCAACGCUUCGGAACAAGUUGCUACGCGACUUUCCAGCCGAGUUGUUUCUACAGAGACCGACUGUGCUGCAGUACUUGUUGCAGCUUGUGCAGCAGCCGGUAUUGCCGUGUGGGCUGGAAUCGACGAGCGAGCAGGACAAGGACCGAAAUGUUGCGAUGGAAAAAGCAAUGUAUGUGUCAAUGGGAGUGAACUACUUUGAUGACAUGUCGAGCGCGACGUUUGCAAACACACAAGGGAACGUAGCGGGUGCUGUGGUGAUGGCAAGCCUCAAAGCGAUCGAGUCGCUGUUGUACGCGCUGCAGCUCACACGGAGAGUGUGUCUCGACCCUACGUACAUCGUGCAUGCACCUGCCGUCCAUGUACCGCUUUUUGACUCGUAUGACAUACGACGAGUGCUGUAUCCGCGUGCAAGGGUAGAACUUGAUGAAAAUGCAGUGAAGCAACGAUUCGAUGACUGUGCCAGUCAACUGCCGAAGUACUCGUUAAGUGGGGCAGUGUAUCGGAUAUUUAUGAGUGUGUUGCCAUUGAUGCGCUCCGCGAGAUACCCACGACAGCACUUGUUGAAUCUCCUCAUCGUGGCACUACCAAGUUUGCCAGAAAAAAGCCGAGACGCACAGGAGCUGGAUAAGUCGCGGCUUGAGUGCAUUUUCGCGAUACUCUGCAGCGUCUGCCGACCUUCACGACCGGAGCAAGCACUGGACGACAUGGUCGACGACGAUCUUGAGCUUACGCACUCGAUGACAUGGAAACUCGUGGAGCUUGUCCUUCGAUUGCUUCGAUUGUUCCCACCAUCGAUGUACCGUGUUGAGGCAGCUUGUGGUAGAAGUAAUGGUUCUACCAUGGCGGAUAAAAGUAGUAGCAUAAUCGUUCCACGACAGCUGUGGGAGACCGUGAAGUCAUGGACUGCUAACCCAGCCUUGCGUGAUGUAUCUGCGAGAGAGUGGAAAGACGAGUCACUCGUUCAAAAUCUUUCGAAGAUUGGCAGCACGAUCGCCACAUUCGUCGAUCAGAGGCAAUCAUCUGCACAAGACGCAAAGUCAAUCCUUGCUUUUGUUGCAUUUGCGAAACAUGAUCGUGAGCAAUUGGCAGAUGUUGGCUCUCGGGCGAAACCAGUCGCUGCGGCCCUAACUAUUGCGAAGAAAGUUGUUCAAGCCAAGUGCGUCUUUGAUGACUCCGGUACUGAAGCUAUCGCAUAUGCCGUGCUCCAAACGAUCUGGUCAGCUCUGGCUGAAGACGCAGCGGACAAGACGAGUACGAUUACCGAAAGUAACAUGGAAUGUAUUCACUUCAUCUUUUGUGAUAUGAUAAGUGCAUUGGGCGUGAUGGAAACACCGGCAGUAGAUACAUCGAUGUCUGUCCAUUUUUUUCGAGGCUUCCUGGAUCUUCUGGAUAAGCUCGACACUGACACUUGCCGUGUAUCCGCCGAUUGCUGGCACCAAUUCGUUACCCAUGUGAUAGCUGAGCCUGGAUUUCUUGUGCUCUUGCUAUUGGUACUUGCGCGACGAGACGUUAGUCCUAGCGACAAGCACAGCGCGGCGGUGUUGUGGGGGAUGUUACGAAUAACUUUGACGCAACUCGCAAACGUUUCGAGCGAAGAGCUAGGACUGCUCGAACCUGUGAUGCCACUGAUCCAACACUUUGCAUACACUGAGCUAUCAGGAGAGUCUUGCCGAGAGCUACGUUUGACUCAGCCGGAACUUGUGCAAGUCUUGAAUCGAGUGGAAACCGCCGUAUCCGAUCACUCGAGGAUGCUUUCAGUUUGCCGCUGCUUGCUCCAUCAGUCGUCAUAUGUUCGGAGAGCAGCUUCCUCGAGAGUCAUCCGGCUGUUGUCCCUUGCGACCUCGGCGGACACUAACAACGUCUCAAACGACAAAGCCAUACGUGACGACCCGUUCGGCGGCGGGGUCACUCGUGACGGCAAAACGGUGAACUUCGAUGUGAUACUUAUGGAGACCCCCUUGCCUGUCGUUCGUGCAAGUGAAUGUCGACCUCACGGAAGCGAGUUGUCGUCGCAGCUGAGCAAGUUGGCUCACUUGUGCACAGUGGUUUCCGGUUCAUCGGUAGCGAAUGAUGAGACCAUGAGAGAGGCGGCGCUGAACGAGUUGGUGAUGUUCAUCGAGCAAUCAUCGGUGGAGUUAUUCACGCUACUUGAAGAGCUGGACAAGCUGUCCGAUCUCCUUGAUCUGCUUCGUUCUCUUUUGCAAGCGGACGAUGAUCGGAAUGACUCAUCAAUGGUUCAUCGAGCCCUUGUCUUGUUCAGGACGAUGCUGUUACGUAGCCGAUCACUGCGUGCAGCUAUAAGACUUGAUGGCGAUAUGGUCGAACUCAUAAUGCCGCUGAUAUUCCACCCCUCUGUUUCGGUUCGAGUGCAAAUGUACUACGUCCUUCUUUUGCUCACGUGCUCGGCUGAGAAUUUUGUGCCUGCUAAGGUGUCAAUCGAGUCCUCUAGUGAUCUCGAACUUGGACUCAUUGGUGAAGCAAGGAUUCCUGAGAUGAUCAAAACAACGUUUGGAUUGUAUUCUAGUCGUUGGGCGCGAUGCCUUGUCGUUACUUGCUCGCUGAAACAGCAAUUGCAGGUAAGCUGUGCACAGCUGACCAAGCAAACGGAAGCAUCGUGGUUGCAGGAAGUAAAAGCCCUCAUCAGUCAGGCAUCAUGUCGUGGCGACGGACUUGACGUAAAGCACGACACGAGCGGCGAGUGUGUGUUUGCUUUAUUCGAUGCAGAGUACACAUUCGUUGCCCGGAGAUUUCGAGAUGCCUCGUCCCACGGAAAAUGCCUGAAUGCACUUUACCACCUGAUGACGAUAUGUGAGGCUUGGUCUUUUGCACGUGAACGCUUUGUCAGAGAAUGGGAACUAGAAUUUGAACGGUAUUUCGCGGUACCUCCGAAGAGUGAACGAGACGAGAUGAUCAUUGGCUCCGUUGUGGCCGCUAUGAGUGCGAUGUUCUUUGCCAUGACUAGAGGAGAGCAGUUGCGAGCUCUCGUCGUGAUAAAGCGCAAGGUGCUUCCACUGCUGGAAAGAUCUCAGAGCAAGAUAUUCUCCCUUCAGGUGGCGCGGUUGUUGCUCAAUGUAAGCGAGUCCAAGGUCGGUGAUUUGUUUUUGUCCUUGGCUGCUGAUACCGACAUUAUUGCGACGAUCUGCACCAAGUACUCAGCAAUUUAUUCGACAGAGCCCGUGUUGCACGGUCUGAUGCUAGAUGUGCUGUCACGGUUUGCCAAAGGCUUGAGCGAGAAUGCAGACACUCGUUUGUCAUCACCUUCGCGUGACAAAAUCUGCAAGCGUUUGCUCGAGAUGCUGUCACCGUUGCUCACAGUUGUGUGUCGCCAUCGCGUUCCUGGUUCCUUCCUCGAACGUGAUAUUUUUGUUGUUGGGUCUCAGUGUAUUGCAAGCAUUUUGCUGCUACUUCCGCGUACUUCCCUUCUGACAAGUGAUUGCCAUCUGGAGCACAUCGAUAGCAAUGCCCUUGUCGAUGGUAGCUGGGCGUCUCGUUAUCUGUUUGACCAUUCAUCGCCAAUUCGAGAGCUCGGUUUCCUCGUUCUCGAACACACCUCCUCUUUCGACUUCUCUGCGACUCGUUUGCUAGAGAGGGCUUUCGAGACAUCCACCGACGACACCGAGGCGGAUGCUGUUCGUGCUGCGGCGUGCACAGCUUUGACGAAAGCGAUUGCACGGUCCCUCGAGCUUCCCCCUGGCCAAGAAGUGGUGAUGCCAGAGGCCCUGAACGGAACUGCGUUCUCGCGAACAGCACUACGCUCACUCUCGCACAUGUUGGAAGGCAGCAAAUUCUGUCCUCGCGCUUCCAGCGCGUUCGCACGGCUGGUUCGACUGCUUUAUGUACAACAAAGCAGCUUGGCGUUGAUUCUCGGGGAUAUGCAGAAAGAGCUGCAAGCGGCCAAAGAAGAAUGCCAUCUAUAUACGCUUCUGGUGCAGGCGCUGUCUCUCCGCGACUGGAAAGACAAGUGCAAUCGUUACUGUUCAUGUUGUAUGCUUCUACCCAGCUGUGAUGUGGAUGCAUGGAAACGUUCGUUGCUCCCGGCCAUCUUGGAUCUGAUGUUUGAAGUGCUGAAUCUCCUCCAGGCUGUCUGCCGUGAUGCUGAUAAUGAUCUCGUGGCUUUUCUCUUCAUGCACACAAAUGUACAGAACCAACUCAUCGAGCUAGUACAAGAUAUUUAUGCUUCUCUUGACGACAGCUCUUCAGCGUCAAUGAGGCAAAGCCACUACGAGAUCCUUAGCCUUUGCGCGGGUACACUGGGUAUUCUUUCGGCGCAAGUUCUUGACCAGCCCAGUGAUUGCGCAGUAGAGCAGUGUCGAGCACCAGUAGCGCCUGGAGUUGGCGCAGGGUUUGCAGAUGUGGUGGCGAAACUGCUAGAUCCACGUCACCCCGUUGGUUUUCGGGCAUCAUUUUCUCGGGUCGUGCCGUGUAUAUCGUGGCUCGUGCCCGAGUUGCUGAGAAAUUCAGAUGCUACUACAAUCGCUGCGCUGGGCUUUGUCGUGCUCGACCUUUACCAGGAGGUAGCGGGGCUCAGACCUAUGGACGCAAAGGUUGUUGGAGCCGCAAUGCCAGAGCCCCAGAGCCAUAUUUUCUCGCUGUCAUCGACCAAGCGCAUCUCUUAUGCUUUUCAGGUUCUCAUCGACGCAAGUCCGAAGCUCAGGGAACUUGGUUGCGUGAAGCAUGCCCUGCUUUUUGCAAUGUCUUCCAUGAAGGAAUCUUUUUCCGCGAUUCGAUCAGCUGGCGGGUUUGAUGGCAAGCGAGCUGGAAGCUCUGGCAAUCGUGCGAGCACCCACGACGCAUACGUGCUUGAUCUCUGCGGACGCAUUCAAACGCACAUCGAGGUAAUGAGUGCAAUCGUCGGUGGUGACAAUGAAAGUCAACAAAUCGCAAAGGUUGAGGGGCUUCCAAGUGUGGUUCUAUCGAAUUGGACCACAAUGAAAAUGGCUCACGCUCGCGGGUCUCAGCUCAUGCUGCAUGCGCUCUACCUUCUCGCUAACUACGCCUAUGGAAACGACACUGCUCGAAGAACAAUGCUCAUUUCGUUGCAGACCGGGUCUACAAAAGUCUCCGGCAGCGGAGGUACUCAAACGCUGGUAUCACUUUUGUUUGGCCUGGCGACCUCCCGGGGUGAGACGGCACACUGUCGUCACCAAAUUGCAAGUGGUGCCAACACGACGUCUCCAGCCGAUAUGGCAGUGAGCAACGCUGCCUGCCUCGUGCUGAAGACUGUUUUGCUCAACAUGGAAUGCGUCUUGGCAUCCCGGAAGACCGGAGCAAUAUCGAAGCUGAUCGAUUCGCUUCGAGGCCGACUCAAGCAAGACAGACAAACUAGCAAGACGAAUCCCCUCGAGACUCGAAAUCUUGCGAACAUGCUUGGAGUGCUCAGCAGCGUAGCUGCGAAUGAGGAAGGGGCUGGCAUGCUUUACUCCAACUGGGCUACUAUGCUCUCUUCCUUGUUGGACGACGCAAUGCAUUCGUUCGAUGAGGCAGUGCAGCGCAAUGGAUGUUUGUUCUUGAGGAAUCUUGCUCUUUCCCAAGCGUCUAAAAACCACUUUGCCGUGUGGGAAGAGCUGCUGGAUGAUAUGAUUGCCAUAUGUGCACGUGCAAAUCUUCCGGAUCAAGUCGACUCGACUGUUGCAGAGUACCUUUCGACUGCGCUCUGGGCACUCGUGUAUGACAGCCAGAAAGCCCGUGCAGUGCUGCUAUCGCGGCCGAUAGCAGUACGAAGUUUGCAACAAGUUCUGGACCCCCAAAGUGCAGCACUAGCUUUGCGGCAAUCGCCUGCACAAGGGAUUACUGAAAACCUUCGGCGCGUGCUGAAACUCGUGAAGGAGCAGUCAACGACACCACACCAGCAUCUCUGA